AUGGGGGCCGGCGUUAGGCAGGGGCAGGUCUUCCUUCGCAGCUUCGUCAUCCUCCUCCUCCUCCUCCUCCUGAGUGGGAUCCCGGCCCCGCGCCGCGCCGCCGGGCAACUACGCUACUCGGUGCCGGAAGAGCUGGAGCAUGGCGCCUUCGUGGCCAACCUCGGGGAGGACCUGGGGCUCGACGUGUCCACCCUGUCAGCGCGGCGGUUCCGCAUCGUGUCGCGGGCCGGUGCCCGGCAGCACCUGGAGGUGAACCUGGAGAAUGGGAUCCUCUUCGUGAACGAGCGUAUUGACCGGGAGGAGGUGUGUGAGGUGGGGGGGACCUGUCUGCUCCACCUACAGCUCCUCGUGGAGAGCCCGCUGGAGCUUUACCGUGUCGAGGUGGAAGUGGAAGACAUCAAUGACCAUGCACCCACCUUCCCCUGGAUGGAGUAUGUGCUGGAGGUGGCUGAAUCUGCUGUGCCUGGUGCCCGCUUUCCACUUGAGAGUGCCCAGGACCCUGACGUAGGCACCAACUCUGUGCGCACCUACCAGCUCAGUCCGAAUGGUUUCUUCUCCCUCGAAGUGCAGACACGCAGUGACGCCAGCAAGUUUGCAGAGCUGGUGCUGGAGCAUGCCCUGGAUCGUGAGCAGCAACGCACGCACCGGGUGCUGCUCACCGCCUUUGAUGGUGGUGUUCCUGAGCGCUCAGGCACAGCCCACAUCCUUGUCACUGUGCUGGACGCCAACGACAACGUGCCUGCCUUUGAGCAGCCUUCGUACAGAGUGAGCCUGCCUGAGGAUGCUCCUGCUGGCACUCUGGUCAUCCAGCUCAAUGCCACUGACCUGGAUGAGGGCUCCAAUGGAGAGAUCGAGUACUCGUUCAGUGGGCAUGCACCACCGCGUGUCCGUGAUCUCUUCCGUGUGGAACCCCGCAGUGGCCAAGUGUUGUUGAAGGGCCCUCUGGACUAUGAGCGUGCCAGCCUCCAUGAGCUCUACGUGCAAGCUAAGGACCGUGGGCCCUCAGCUGUUGCUGUGCACUGUCGGGUCCUUGUGCACCUCCUUGAUGUGAAUGACAAUGCACCAGAGGUGACCCUCACCUCUGUGUCCACACCGGUAGUGGAGGAUGCCCCACCGGGCACUGUCAUCGCUGUCAUCAGUGUCCUUGACAGGGACUCUGGGGAGAACGGGCGAGUGAGCUGUGAGGUGAACCCUGAUGUGCCCUUUGAGCUCCGAUCCUCCUUCCGCAACUACUACACUCUAGUCACCACAGAGGCACUAGAUCGAGAGACUGUACCUGAAUACAAUGUGAGUAUCACAGCCCGGGACAUGGGCUCACCUGCCUUGCUGACCCGCAGCACCCUCACUGUGCCAGUGUCCGAUGUGAAUGACAAUGCACCGCGCUUCAUCCAGCCCUCAUACAGCGUCUACGUGAUGGAGAACAAUGCACCAGGAGCCUCCAUCUGCUCUGUCAGUGCGCUGGACCCUGACUGCCAGCAGAAUGCCUACCUGUCCUACUCCAUUGCUGAUGGGCACAUCCACGGCAUGCCUGUGGGCACCUACGUGUCUAUCAACUCGGACAGCGGUCACAUGUAUGCCCUGCGCUCCCUUGAUUAUGAGCAGAUCCGCAGCUUUCAGAUCCAGGUGCAAGCGCAGGAUGCAGGUUUUCCCCCACUCAGCGCCAAUGUCACUGUCCAUGUCUUUGUGCUGGACCAGAAUGACAAUGCGCCUGUCAUCAUCUCACCCAUGCCACGCAAUGGCUCGGUGGCCACUGAGCUGGUGCCGAGAUCAGCCGGGCCUGGCUACCUGGUGGGCACAGUGUCAGCAGUGGAUGCAGAUGCGGGACUGAACUCCCGCCUCUCCUACCAGCUCCUCCAGGCCACUGACUUCACGCUCUUCAGUGUGGCACCGGACACAGGUGAGCUGCGCACCCUCCGCUCCUUUCUGGAGCAGGAUGGGACCCGACAGAGACUGGUGGUGCAGGUGAGAGACAGUGGACAGCCAGCCCUCUCAGCGACGGUCUCCAUCCUGCUCUCAGUGGUGGAGAACAUGCCCCAGACCCUCUCUGACUUCAGCGACUUCAGCCUCCCCCCGGAGGCCUCCUCCUCCUCACCACUCACCCUCUACCUCCUCGUCUCCCUGGGCUCAGUCUCCCUCACCUUCCUCCUUGCCAUCCUCAUCCUCAUGGCCAUCCGAUGCCGCAGGGAGGGACACUCCUGGCAAGGCAGUGGCUGCUCACCACCCCACUGCCGCUGCUGCCCUGGGCCCAACGCCUCCUCUGAUGGCCUCAAGACGUCGAACUUUGCCGUGCAGCUCCCCACGGGUGCAGCGCCUGCUGCCUGCCUGGACAUGCCUGCUGGUGGCCCCCCAGGCUACUGCUACAAGGUUUGUCUCAGCCCAGAGUCCGCCCAAAGCGACUUCAUGUUCCUCAAACCCUGCAGCCCUCCCCGCAACAACGAGAAGGAUGCCAGGCACCUCCCGGCUCCUGGCAAGAGGGCCCGAUCUGGCCAGCAGCUCCAGAUCUCCAAGCAGAUUAAACAGCCGAAUACAGACUGGCUGCCUCCAAGUAUGCAGCGACCUGCCCUCAAGAGUUCCCAGAGCCUGGAAGACAUGGGGGAAAUUCGCAGAGCCCUUCAGAAGGAACAUGAGAGGUUGUGCACGCUGAUGACUCCUGUCUCUGAAUUUCAGAAAGCCUCAGCAGGCACCAACAGCAUCUGGACACCUCAGUAUGGCCCUCUGUACCCAGGACAAAUACAGGCCCUGGAUUAUCAACACAAUGUCUACAUACCUGGCACCCCCACCCUGAUUUCCAGCAAAGAUGGGCCCCUCUUCCUGGGCCGGGAGGACAAGAACAGCUUUUCCACCUUUGGCAAGAAAAAGAAAAUGACAACCUAUUGUGACAUGCAUGACAACAUGGUUAUCAACAAUGAUCUGAAAUAG